AUGCGACGCCGCAAGUGGUGGCCACGUCUGGAAAGAAGCUUGACCUCGGCGGGUUUCCGCCGCCCCCGCCCCCGCCGCCGCGACGAGGACGUGAUUCUUCCUUCAGGCAUGCCCCCCGACUCGCCAACGUCACAAACAGCUUCGUGUGAACAUGCCCAGAGCCACUGGUUCGAAUCGUCGCAAAACGGAAUAAAAACCCAUCACGAACCCCCCAUCAAGGUCACCGGUGCUCCAGAUCAUGCCGAGUACUCCGUGAUGCUUCCACGCAAUCAUGUCCACACUUCCGAGGACGCGUUCGUGUCGCUGCAAGAGCCAGGACGCUAG